CAUUAAUGUAACCCGACCAAACUAGGAACAACUAAAGUAACAGAGUUGGAGGAGCCAUAUAUUUGUUUUUAUUGUUUAUCGAAUUGAGCAUCCCAUGACUUUUGCCAGCUUCCCAACAAGCAUUUAAGUCAUUCACCAAUAGCCUCUGAUAUUCUCCUCAUCAGCAGCCAUGUCACAGAACGAGCAAAAGAAGCCAGUCAUCGCGGUCGUCGGUGCCGGGCCUGGCAUAGGGGAAGCUGUCGCACGCCGUUUUGUUGCUGAAGGAUAUGUCGUCGCUCUUCUCGCCCGUACAGAAGAUAAGCUCCAAACUAUGGUCCAAGGAAUCGACGCAGACUUCGGGAAAGGCAGCGCGCGGUACUAUCUCACAGACCUACGGAUCGAGGAUCAAGUCAUCUUCAGUUUUAAAUCUAUUCGUGCUGAGCUUGGCACAGUACAAGUUCUUAUCUACAAUGCCGGUGCUCGCCGUGUGAAUGGCCGGUCGAUCCUGGACACCACAAGUGAGGAAUUCGAAAACUUCACCAAAAUCAAUCUUUUCGGCGCCUUCUGGUCCACAAAGCGUGUCCUGCCAGAUAUGUUGGCCGCAGAGCGUGGGACCAUCAUCUUCACAGGAGCGACAGGCUCCUUGCGUGGUAUGCCCGGUUUGAGCAGUUUCUCGCCCGGCAAAUUUGGUCUCAGAUCAUUAGCGCAGGUUAUCACACGGGAAUACCAGAGCAAAGGUAUUCAUGGGGCACAUUUAAUUAUCGAUGGACCAGUUGAUGGAAAGCUGGUCGGUGGCGUGACGCGCCGGAAGUGGGAGCGGGAGGGUCAAAAGGAGAAGCUCGACGAGGCUGAUGCGUAUAUCAUGCAGCCAACUGAUUUAGCGGGCAUAUAUUGGUAUUUGCACACCCAGCCACGCAGCGCUUGGACGCAGGAAUUGGAUGUACGUGCUCAGAAGGAGAUGAUGUUCUCUAAGCUUUGAGAGAUACCUAAGAGGGGUUCGGAGGCAUCGCUUUUGUAGAAAAGAGCCGAGUUACUGGAUG